AUGGAGAUUAGACCAAAUCAACAGAAUGCGCUAGCUUCCGAGCCGCUAGGAAAAUAUGAUGAUCUUCCCGGUUCCACUGCUCGAGAGAAACUCCAAUAUGCACAUGCUCGACUGCGUGCAACUGCGAGUGCUGGUCCUAAUCCAGCUGUCAGCGGUAGCGUGACGCCAUCGUCUGCGGGAGAUAUUGAGCCCGCGCCGCCUGUCUAUCUUCCCAAGACAACGCUACCUUUAAGUACUCGGGCACAUGACGAUCGCGCUGAUAUCCCUGUACCAUCUGACGGACAUGUAAAUACUGUUGACGUUGUGGUGUCUCCGGAGCUGCUAUUCUCCGAAGAAGCAGGGGUGCAGACUAUACAACCUAGUGCAAUUUUUGAAAAGACGGAGAAUGUUCUACCGGGGUCCCUUCGACUUGGACCCUCCGAGUUUGCUGUCACUUUGCCUAUGGACUCUAGAAGCAAGGACGAAUACGAGAUUGUUUUAGCUGAACACUCGCAAUCUGUCAAACUACUGCUAUCUGGUUUCAAGUCUGCGGAAGGCGUAAUUGCUCCUGAGACCGAGCAGGCUCAGACUUUAUCAAAUGUUCGAGGUCUUGUUGAGAAACUCGAUAAUAUUGCGGUCCACACUGAUCUGAAUAUUGCAGCACAUGUAAAGCGGUCUUCAUUCGAGUCUCAAAAAGAGGCAUCGUGGGCUGAAUACUCAAGUGCCAAGUUCCAAUUCCUCGGUCAACUUAUUGAGGUAGCGGGCUCCCAAGAUCUACAUAUGAUUAUUAUGGUGAAACGUGGUGAAAGCCUUGAAUUGGUUAAACGAUAUUUUCAAGGGAAAGGAUUUAUUCCCAGCAGGCCACAGAAUGAAACGAAUGGAUAUUUCGAGCUCUCUUUACAAAAUGGAUCGAUCAGUGUUGGCAUAUUAUCUGCGCAGUAUGACGGUAUAGUGGAAACAUAUCGACCACCGGCCAUCGUUCUUGCACUAGACUCGUCGUUCAAUGCGUCGAGCCCUUCCGUUGCGCACCUACGAACUACAUACGCGCGUCACGGAAAUCUGCUCCCUGUUGUCCAUUUGCUGGUAUCGAAUUCUAGUGAGCACAUUCAGCGAUGUUUGCCUGAUCUUCCAGAUCGUCAGAGGCUUAAACUACUCUUGCAUAUUGUGAAGAGUUUGCAAGAUUUUCUCGGUGAUCUGCAAGAUGACGCUCAAGGUGUGCAGGAUAAUGCAGAUGAGAUAUUCACUUAUCUUAUGUCGGACGAUUUCAAUGCUAGUUGGAACCUUCCUGCGAUCGAACCACUCCAUAUACUUGUCUCUGAUGAUUCGCAAGCUGCAGAAGGUCCUGGUGUGCAUGCCACUGACCCAACAUCUACUGCAUCAUCAUCCAUUAAUAAACGCAUAUUCGAUGCUAUGGAUACCGAUACUCCUGAUUCCAAGAGACAACGCCUUCAUAUGUCGCAAAACCUCACUCAGGCUACAGAAUCAACGGCUGGGCUUAGCCAGACAUUGGAUUUAACAGCAAAAUUAAAGGUAGUGGAGGAUAGGAUACUCGAACUAAAAGCUGAACAUACUGCCGAAGUUAGCCAAUUGCAGGAUACGAUAUCUGAAUUAAAGGCUCGGUCAGAGGAACGCGUGAAAGGAUGGGAAGAUUUGCAACAUCGAUAUGAAUCUCGCAACAAGGAAUUCCAUAAAACACGAAAAGAACGUGAUGAUCUGGUUUCAGAGAAAGCAAAGGCCGAGCAAAAAGUUUCGAGGCAGCAAGAAGAAAUAACGAAACUCAAGGAUGAACGCACUCGACUGAAACAUGACCUAGAAUCCGCCCGAGAUGACAUUAAGGCAGAGGGCGGUUUGAAGGAAGAACUAGAAAAAGCACGGGAAGAAAAUCGGCAACUUGGUCUAGAAAAGGCGAAACUUCAAAAAGAUUUCACAUACGAAAGCAAUAAAGCUGCAUAUACACUCGAGCAAUACCAAAUAGCAUCGAACAAGGCGGCAACCUUAGCUACCGAGAGGAACCAGUUGCAGACACAAGUUGAUGAUCUCAACCGAAGACUUGCUGUCGAGGCAACGAAACUGAGGGAAAUCAGGAUGAAGGAUGAUGAACAAAAACACUUGGCCCGAGUCAAGGAGCUCGAGCAAACAUUGGAAGCUCGUGAUGCUCUUAUUCGAAGGCAGGACGAAGAGCUCCGAAAUUUCCGGAACAACCGACCAGCAACACGCGCAACCAGCACUCAACCCCGAAGCCCAAAAUCCUGGGGAAAUAGGAGCCGCCCGACCAGUCCUGGCGUCAACAACAAUGGGGUGGGCAAUCGUGGUAGUGGGCUGCGAUUCAGCUCUGAGAUGUCACUUUGA